AUGAAGCAGAGAUUGCGAUCAAAGGUAUGGUGGUUUGCGAUCGACAAGGAAGCCGAGAAGUUUUGCAAAACCUGUCAUGGCUGUCAGCUUGUAAGCAGUCCAGCAAACCCAGAGCCAAUCAAGUCAACCCCAUUACCAAGUAGCCCAUGGCAAGAUUUGGCCAUCGACCUGUUAGGUCCAUUGUCAUCAGGAGAAUCUGUCUUAGUCAUCGCUGAUUACUUCAGCAGAUACUAUGAAGUGGAACUGAUCAUGCGUUCGACUACGUCAGAGAAAGUCAUAGAGUGUUUGGAGAAAAUCUUCACCACACAUGGUCUUCCUCAAUCAUUUCGAAGCGACAAUGGUCCACAGUUCAGAUCAGCAAUGUUUGAGCGGUAUUUGGAGGAUAACGAUAUAGAGCACAGGAACACCACACCAUUGUGGCCACAAGCGAACGGCGAGAAAGAUGCUACUAAACUACCUUCACUGAGAGAGGAGAGCACACAGGGUGAGAUGCGAGACAGAGAUGGCGUAAUGAAAGCCAAAGCUAGACAGUAUGCAGACAAGAAGAGGAGUGCCCAGGAGUCAGACCUAGCUCCAG